GAGAUGUAACGAGAUUUAGCUGCACUGUUCUUUGGCAGGGAUAGCGCGAAUAUAUUUAAGAUGUAGAUUCAAAAGAGCGUGGAGUGUGCUUCGUUCGAACAGUACCGAGUUUUCCACGGCAAGAGUCGCAACAAGUAGCGCAACUUACAGUUGACACUUCGUUUACUGUUCCUUACAAAUUUUUCGCUUCGAAAUUUUUUGGCGCCAAAUAAUGUCUUCGCCACCUGAACUCGUAGCAGCCGGAGGCUCUGGAGGACCAUGUGCAAGUUGUGGGGCAGCAAACUCCAAGUUUAAAUGUUCCGGUUGUUUCAAAGUAUGGUACUGUUCUGAAGAUCAUAGAGCCGGUGAUUAUGAGAAUCACAAAAAACUAUGCGAUAAGCUAUAUAAAAUUCUAAAGAACGACGAAUUUGGAAGGUACGUUGUGGCUAAUCGUGAUUUGGAACCUGGCGAAGAGUUGUGGUCUGAAACACCUUUUGUCGUUGGCCCGAAGGCGUUUAGCUACCCGCUUUGCCUUGGAUGUUAUUCGCCCUGGCCACCUACGGGUCUCGAAUCAACGGAGCGACCACUUUGCUCAAAAUGUGGAUGGCCAGUCUGCGGGACGAAUUGCGAACUUCUGGCUUGUCACAAAGAUUACGAGUGUCAAGUUUUCGCAGCCUCGGGGGAGAAAUUUAAUAUCACCGCAGCAAUUGAUAAUGACACCAUUAAUGCAUCCCCUCAGCUAGACUGCGUGACUCCAUUGAGGCUGCUUAUUGCUUCUGAGAAAGACCCGAUAAGAUGGAGGACCGAGGUGAAAGAUAUGGAAGCACACAAUUUGAAAAGGUCACAGCAACUCGACUGGAAAAGAUCUCAGGUUAACGUAGUCGAAUACCUUCGUUCUCGCUGUAAACUUGACAGAUUUUCAGAGGACGAAAUUCACACCGCUUGUGGUAUCCUCGAGAUUAACAGUCACGAGGUCAGAUGCCCGUCAGGCUACAGUGCCAAGGCGUUGUACCCGAUCACGGCCAUGAUGAAUCACUCUUGUGUUUCUAAUACCAGUCACAGCAUUUCGCCUGAUAAUUACAGAAUUUGCGUUAGAGCAAUGACGAAGGUACAACGAGGAAGUGAAUUGUAUGGCAGCUACACGCAUAGCUUAUUACCGACAAUUUUGCGCCGUGAGCAACUCCGCGAGAGCAAGUACUUUGACUGUGCCUGCAGAAGGUGUUCUGAUCCGACGGAGCUCGGUACUCACAUGUCGUCGUUGAAAUGCAACAAAUGUGAUAAUGGAGUGAUUUUGUCCCUCGAUCCACUGGAUCCCGAAAGUGCAUGGAAAUGCACGCAUUGUCCGUUCACGACGGGAGGACAAGCGAUUCGGCGAGUGUUGAGUAUUAUUCAGGCGGAAGUGGACGAAGUUGAACAGACAACUGGUAGUGACGGCGGUUCUGCGAUCGAAGCAAGAGAGUCACUCUUCAGAAAGUAUCGCUCUGUUCUGCAUCCGCAACACGCGUUUAACAUGAUUUUAAGGUAUUCUUUGAACCAACUUUACGGACGAUGCGAAGGAUAUGAAUUUGACGAUCUACCAGAUGUUGUUUUGGAACACAAGGUAGAUAUAUGCAGAUCUCUUCUACGGGUAUUGGAUGUCAUAGAACCAGGUUACUCUCGAUUUAGAGGAAUGACUUUGUACGAACUACAUGCACCGCUGCUGUUUCUGGCUAAGAAUUUGUUUCAUACUGGGACGAUAGAUGAGGCAAGUCUGAAGAGUAAGAUGAUGGAGGCAGCCGAAAUUCUGAAGGAAGCAGCACGCAUUCUAAUGUUGGAGUAUCCAAACACUGUCGAAAGGCAGAUAGGCGAAGGGGCAAUUCAGUCUUUGGAGGAAUUGGAAACCUCUAUAAAAAAUAUGUAAUCAUGCGAAGCCUAUCGUCGCUAAUAAGCGAAAAAAAUUGGAACGGACAAUCUCCACAUCCGAAAAUUAAUAAUUGCUUCUGACAAUUAUUGCAUUUUAGAUAACUUUGCUGAAGGGAUAAUGAAAAUAACUAUACUUGUGAAUUCAAAAAUUUGAUAAACUAAUUACUAUUAACUAAAGAAAUGGUAGAGGAGUAAGUCAUAUUUGCUUAUUUGAGGGAGCAGCUUCAGAGCAGUCAAGUUAGAAAUACAAACGUAAUCUGCGAUCAUCUUACUGAAAAAGAUUGAUUCGAAUUGAAAAAAGCUCUGCCCGAAAGGCUAAUGCAGGAUGCUGUGUAAGCAACGCGCGAAAGACUGAUUUGAAGAACUUUUGGUAGAAAUCUUGCUAGAAAUAUGUGAUUGACACGUAACCACUGAGAGGAGAUGUAGUCAUGUAAUAAUGUAUUCAGUUUUACAAUAAACAUAGUUAAUCAGUUUGUUAUAUUUACAAAAUAAAAUUACAUAUAUAUUU